AUGGCUGAGGAAUCGAGGACCCUGAAAUCGGCCUUCCAAGCUGCUGAAGCAAAACGCUUGGCAGUGGAGGGGUCCUUCGACAUGACCUCGCCAGCCUACCAGGACGAUGUCACGGAAGCUCAGACGACCUAUGAAGAGUGCGCCCAGAUAAUCGAUAAGAUUUCCUUGUUCAGCACCAACGAGUCUCUCGAGGAUCUCGCAACUUCAGACCUACCCUAUCUGCUUGUCCACUACCACAGAGCUGAGUUGCUUCAGAAGUCUUCUACUAGCUCACCCAUGGAGCGAAAACGGGUCUUAACCUCAACCCGCGACGCUUAUGAAAAGUUCCUUUACCUUUUGGACAGCUACUCAAUCCUCUCUCCUCGAGAGAGCAAGCUUCUGGUGGAGUACAACGAAGAUCCCACAAACUUCUCAACCAUUUCAACCGUUGACGCAAACGCCCGUCGCAACGCCAAGAUUGCGAACUUUAGGGCUGAGAAGGAGUUAAAACAGAAGCUGGCGUACAUGCGCAACUCACCCCGGUAUCUAGACGAUGGCGGGGAUGAGGAGGCCGUUCGCGAGUUACAUCUCGCCAAUCUUGCCUUGUGUGUUCAUAUGACUUUUCAGGGCCUCGAAGGUAUUAACCGGGAACUGGAAAUCUUAGCGCAGGCCCCCAUCCCCUUGAUACCCCAACACACAACUAUAGAAGAGGAUAACCGGAGACGCAAGGAGUCAAUAGACUUAGAUGCCUACUCAGAAAAACUCGAUUCCCCUUUGAGGCUGCAGUCCGGUUUCUCAGGCCCGUUACUCAGUCAGGAGGGAAAACCGUUGCGGCCAUUCACUCUUGUCGGCAACCGACAGGAACUUCAGCGCGGGGUAUUUCGGCCAGGGCACAACCUACCAACAAUGUCCAUCGAUGAAUAUCUAGAAGAGGAGAGAAGAAGAGGUGGAAUCAUUGAGGGGGGUGGUGAAGCAAGCGGGAGGCAACCUGAGCCUGACGAGGAUAACAUGGAAAAGGCAGACGAAGAGACGAUGAAAGCUCGGGCAUGGGAUGAAUUUACGGAAGCCAACCCACGUGGAAGUGGGAAUACAAUCAACAGGGGUUAA